CACAGUUAUUGAAGAAGAUCUUGUUGGUCACCAUGUGUCGGCCAAUUAGUUACUUACUAGUACUUGAUUCGUGAUGUUUUGCUUCUCCUUGAGGCCAACUGGCUUGAAUAACCAAAAGUCAUCAUGAGUUCUGCAGAUCUCACAGCCAAGUACCAAAAGCUCGCUCAGGAAUACGCGAAGCUGAAAGCUCAAGUGUCGGUUCUGAAGAAGGCUGUCAUCGAUGAGCAGUCCAAGAAUAAAGGACUUGAGGAAUCUGUGAAAGACAAAGACCAGUCUCUUCGGAAAUGUAUGCAAGAAAUCGACAGCUUGACUUUCCGCAACCAGCAGAUAUCACGGCGACUGGUUGUGCUGCAAGAGGACCUGGAUAGCAAGGAAGGCAGUAAGAAGGGCAAGAAAGCAAAGGGAGGCCCAGCUGCAGGAUCAGCAGCUGCUACUGGCGUGGCUGCUGAAGUGCAUGCAGAGGAACUGCAGAAAAAGAUCACCGAGAAUGAACAGCUACACAUGCAGGUAUUUGAAGUGAAGCAGGAGAGUCGUCAAGAGGUUGAGAGUUUACAGUCGCAGCUCUCUCUCCUUGAGAAGCAGAAUUCCUGCCACCAGGAGACACUGGACAGCGUUCAGCAGCAGCACAAUGAGGAGCUUGUGCAACUUCAGGAGGACAAGGCUAUGAAGGAGAUUCGCUUGCAGAAGUUGGAGGAAGAACUAGCAGUGAUGAAGGAUCGUGCUAACAUAAGUGAACGUCAACUAUCUGUUACAAAGGGUCAACUCACCAGUGAAUCAAGCACGAUGGCACGCCUCGUCUCUGAGAAGUUACCAUUCAAUGAUACACUAAAUGCGGACUGGAACAUGUUCAAUGUACCAACAUACGACCGAAAGCAGCAGAUGAAGGCACAGGAACUGAUUGGACAAGCAUCUCGACUUGUCCACGAGCUCACUAGUGGUUUAGCAAACUUCAUGAACUAUCUGGAACAGAGAGCUACUGCAUAUCCCAUUGAUGCAGCGACGGGAGAGUCGAUCAGUGUUGUCAAUCAGCGCCUGUGCCAGCAUCUUCAUAGCCAUGCAGCCUGGAUCAAGCCGUUGGAUCAGACAUUUGCUGCGUUCAAGUCCAGCCUGCGCAAGGACGUGCCUGUGACGUUGGAAACAUGUACUGGCCUGCAACAGUUUGUGUCUGCGUACCACAUCUUUGUGAUCAACUUGCAAAAGUACCUUCCAUACCAGCUGGUCAGUCUGGAAGAGGAGAGCGGGCUUUCCUCUUGUCCACCGACUCUGGAGAGACAUAACCAUAAUGUGCAGGAGGGACUGCGACGUGUGAUCGGUGCGUUUGUCAACUUGGACACGUAUCUGCAACUUCUGGCAGCUCAGACAUUAUCGUCCUGCCCACAGCCAGCUAGUAAUCGUACUGCCAUCUUCAACAAGCUAACGUCCACAUUGAUUCAGCUGCACAAUCGCAUCAAAGAAAUGUCCACUUGCUUUUCGUCGAAGGUAGCACAAGAACACUUGCUACCUACUGCUAGUCAGAAACUGAAGACGACCAACGAGUGUGUCCUAUCUUCUCUAGCGUCGGUGGUAGCUUGCACGAACAAGAUCGGUAGCUUUGUUCAGAGCAACCUGGAGUACAUUACCGUACAGGCUGGUUUGCAGGCGCGCGGUGCUUCCAUGGAUGUCACCAACGUACAAACUGAGCAGGGUCGCGGCGCUGUGUCGGCAGUGCAGGACCUUCGUCGUAAAGCAGCCAGUUACAUGGAAUCUCUGCAGCGUCCUGCACCGGAAACAGUUCCGUAUCACGUUGCCUUACUGAACAACACCACCAUGCUUAGUUCUACAGAGAACCGUGACAGUUUAGCACAGCAGGUGUCAGAGGCUCAACAGAGGAUCUCUAAAUUGGAAAUGGAGAAGGAGCACUGGAUGCUGGAGGCACAGUUGCUGCAGAUCAAAAUGGAGAAGGAACAUAAAAAAAUUGGCACGUUGCAGACAGAGCUAACUCAACUUCGAGCAGCUGGGGCAUCUGGAUUAGUUGCUGAGCAGCUGGCCGCACCCUCUGCCUUGUCUAAGGCAUCUCGGUCAGAGCCAGGCAGUCCGCAGUCACGCAAACCCAUCAUUGUCACCGGCGCUGCAGAGCUUGGCAGUAUGUCAAGUUCUUAUGCUGGGCAUGAUGAUGACGACGAAGGAGAGGAUGACUCGCGAGCUGACCUUAUCAAGCAUCACUUCACUCAGCGUAUCCAGGAGCUCACCACUCAGAUUCAAGAGGCAGAGAGCAAAGCAGCUCACUUCAAUGCCGAGUGUCGUGCGGCUCACCGUCGCCUUACACUGGCAGAGAAGUCCAAGGAGAAAUCCUUCAAGGACCUGGAGGAGGCCAACCAGCAGAUCCAGGGGCUUAGGGAUGAGAAUGAGACUACCUCUGCCAGUUAUGAAUCACAGCUUAGCAUGAUGAGUGAUCAUCUGUGCGGCUUGACGGAUAAGCUGACGGCGCAGAAAGAUGAAAUUGACGCUCUCAAAGUCUCUAAGGGCCCUGUGAAGAAAGGGAAACGGUGAUGACAUGUUCGUGUGCCCAGCGCUGGCCCGCUUGUGCCUUUGUAUAUCCUGUAUGUACACACUCCUCACUCGUCUGUCCUUGUAAUUAUUAGUAUAUCUCGGUGUUGCAUUUAGUCGUGUUAUUCCCAUUGUCACCCUGUGUAGUUACUCGUAUGUGUGCGCUCUGUGCAUGCCUGUGUGUAUGUGAAGUGCAGGUAGAUUUCUACCUCUCCCUACCAGUAUUGGUCCUUCAGAUUUUUGAUGACAAUCAGUCCCUUUUAUGCUUAUUUUUUUUGUUACUAUUUUGUGCUUACUCCAGCUUGUUUUAAAAGAAUUUUAUUUUGUAUUUACUGUGCAUUGCUGUCAUGAGCAUCACUGCUCUUGGGUGCCUGCAUGGACAUUGAUGCAUGCUACUGCUAGUACUGGUAUGCUGUUUGCUGAAAAGCUCAUAAAACUUACUGAGAUUGAUGCUUUUACGGGUUUUUUUUUUUUAAUUGUUAGCGAGGCUAAUGAAUCUUAUCAAAUUCACCAAACUCUCCUACUUCAUGUCACUUUUUAGACAUUUGUUUGAAUAUUCUAUUUUACAAGUCUGCCUCGACCUAGAGUUCCCGUCUUCACUUUGGCGGCAAAGUGCAUGCGCCUAUCUGGCUUUAGCUGAUCAUUUUUGCCAAUGUGUGUGCUUUGCCCUGGAUUCUGGCUACAUUGCUCCAGUAGGGUAUGCAUCUUCUAUCUUCUAUUUAGUAAAAUACAAGACAUGCUUAGACGCUGUACUUGUACCAUCUCUCAA